AUGCCUCCUCCAACCCGUCCCCGUCCAAAGCCCAAAGCCAGCAAAUCCACAACAACAACAAUCUCCGCUCUAACAACCCCGAAACUGAAACCGACCAAGGGCAGCGCCUCCCACAGAAUCACCUCGGUGGUUCUAGGUAGCCAGCUAAUACCCGCCUGGUACACAUCCUCCUACCCACUCAAGGCCAUAUCUACUGACCACGACUCCUACUCCCCCUUCCCCCUCGCCGCGUCUACAAACCCUUACCCUACUAGCUGUGAGCGCAUAUACGUCUGCGAACACUGCUUCAGCUACACCCUCGAAGCCUCCGAGCUCCUCUUACACAAGCCAUUCUGUCUCCUCUCCGAAGAGCCCCUAGGGAAGCUGGUAUACGCGCACAACGGGUUUUCAAUAUACGAAGUCGACGGCGAGGAGCAUACGCUGUUCUGCCAAUGUCUCUCGCUGUUUGCAAAGUUAUUCCUGGAUACCAAGAGUAUUUCCUACGACGUCGAGCCGUUCCUGUUUUAUACGCUCGUCGAGGACCAGCAGGGCCGGAAGAGGAUAGUCGGCUUCUUUUCAAAGGAGAAAAUGUCCUGGGAUGGCAAUAUCCUCGCUUGUAUAUUAAUCUUCCCACCGUACCAACGGAGGGGUCUCGGGAAGAUUUUGAUCUCCUUCUCUUACGUAUUGGCUAGAGGAGAGGGGAAAAUUGGGGGGCCUGAGAAACCGCUCUCAGACCUCGGCCAGAGAGGCUACAGAUCGUACUGGACCUCCGUCCUGGCUGCCGCGAUAUUAAACCGCAAGCUCAAGAAACCUAUCACAAUCACGGACUUGAGCCAAGAAACAUGGAUUCAUCAGGAGGAUGUGGUAGCCACGUUAAGGAGCAUGGGAGCUAUUGGCCGGGGCGCUCCGAAUGCCGCGGGGGAGCCGGCCGGAUGGAUUAUUUCGAGGAGUAGGGUCAGGGAGUUUGUCGCAGCCGCCGGGGUCAAAGUCGGUUCUGGGGGGAUUGCUAUGGAGGGGAUCAUGCUUGAUGGGUAG